GAGUCGGCUCGCGAGUUUGUUUUCAUGUGUUUUUCGCCGGAGUCAGUGGCACUUUAAACCUUUUUAGCUUAGCUCUCUAUAAUUGUUGCAAUUUCCUUGUUAAAUUUGAAUUAUUCUUUAGAAAUUGUUAUCGCGAAUGUCGGGCAAGUGAAGUUUGAUUGCGCAAUAGAGAAAAUCCUAACUAGAAUUAUUAUUGGACGAAUAGACUCAUACGUUCAGUUGAAUAAGUUGAAAAGUUUUAGUGAAAAAAAAACUGAUUUAUGUUCAAAAUGCAUUAAUAAGUGCAUCCUUUACCUUAAAAGGAUUCUUGUUUUGCGAAGCAUCGAAAAGCGCGCGUUCCUUCAGUCCACGAACUUCAACCUGAUUAGAAGUCUUAUUGGAUUAUUAAGGCGAGGACACACUACUACUAAGCAUUUUAGAACGCGGGCGUAGUUCUUCGGGCUCGUCGGUUCCCCGUCAUGACGACGAGUAGUGGAAUCAAACUUCCUGGCCACGACCAGUACGAGAAACUGCGGAAGGCACUGCAGUCCGGCGGUCGAUCGCAGAUUGAGAAAAUUUUGGAAUCCCUGGUGAAAACAUGCCAGACCAGACGAGACUAUGUGGGUGCAAAGCAAAAGCUGGACGAUGAUCAGAUGAACUUUUGGUUCAAUGAUGUGCUGCGGCUGCUUUUCGACUGGGAAAACCCGGUGACAAGGGAGCUGGCCUUGAGGGCAUCAGAAGCGAUUUUGCCCCACCUGGAACAUACAUUGUAUUUGGAUUCGCCAGCGUGGCCAGCGUUGAAGACACAAAUAAGCAAUGUGUAUUCUAAUCUUUUGGAACAGGCGCGUGGCCGGAAUGACCCGGAAUGGCACCGAAAGUGGUCGGUGCUGGUGCGAAUACUGGACAAGGAAAUCUGCCAAGGUGCGGUAAUUAUUAACGUGUUCCUGGCCAUUGUUGAGAGCGGUUUUCGCUCGGCGGAACUGUUGGUUCGCGAACAGUCGUUUGAUUGCUGGCAACUGCUGGUGGAGAUUUUCGCCAAGUACAAUCAGAUUAACAUCCCGAAGCGGAUAAAGUUGAUUUGUAUACCUUUGAAGAGCUCUAAGUCCAAGACUGAGACGAUCGCCAAAAAGAAGUUCGAGAUUUGGUGGUUUCUUAUUAAUAAGCUGCAGCCUCAGUUGGAUUCAUUUGCGGAUAACGUGUUCGAGCCAUUCAUCUACUUUUGUUUUGGGCCAUCUUUUAAGACGCCGUUGUGUUAUUAUUUUGACAACAGCUACCAGGAGUUCGGAGCCCCAGGGAAGAUAUACAAUUCAAUAAAACAGUUGUCAGCGGCUGCGUUAGUUCACAUGUUAGGUCCUGCUGGGAAAGUCACUGAGAGUUUGAUUCAGGAAGCAUGUGGGAGCAACAGCGCUAAAAAUGGUGCAAUCAAAUUCACCGUCACCUCGAGUGCAGACAAGAUCAUAAUUUCACCGAAGCUGUUCACGCUGAAGGCCAAGCUUAUUAUAAAUUCUUGCACCGAGUGUACGGUUCUGUUUUCCCAGAUGAAGGACAAAGAUUACAUGGAGCUCAAUCGGUGUCUGUGGAAGAAUUUGUUAGCGAAGGUCGAACAAGAACAAACCAUUACGCGGAUCGAGAUGUUUGGUUGGAUUAAAGAAAAUUUGAAUGCAUUGAUUAAUUUGAGCAUCCAGCUUUCGGACGAAGCCCUUAAGGAGCUGAUCUACGACAUCGUACAGAUGGUGGCCCAAACAAACCUGCUCUCGGUCAUAAUCGGACAGGACAGCCCCGAGCAGUUGGUCCUUAACUAUCGCAGCUUUAUGUCGUUGAUGUUUAAUCCCGCAUUGGACUACCCUGCAAGCACAUCAUUCACCAUCCUGACGCACGUGUUCGACUUGCGACGAUACUCCUCCAAACGCGGAGGCUAUUGGGAUACGCUCCAGAAGACUGUGCAGUAUCUCACCGGACUGGAUCCGGCGCUUCUACAGAAUGGUGAUUCGAAAUCCGCCGCCAAUCGUCGGAUGGUAACCCAAAUCUAUCGCUCGAUGGCACUUCAUCUGGGGGAGCAGAUCGACUGUCAUCGCGAUCAGAUCGAGCAGUCGCAAUCCAUUGUCUACGGUUUUCUGCUGUUUCCACUUGAAUACGAUCGCUUCCUGGAAGUGGGAGACGUGCGAGACGUUUGGGAGGAUGUGUUUAACGGAAUGGUAACCGGUCAGAAGUCCCCCCGAUAUGCCUGCGGACUGAGCGAAGUUAUCAAAGCGAUGACCGUGGCCAAGUACAACUGCAAUCUGGGCGUAAUUUUGAAAUUCUUUCGCGUAGUACUGGAAUCAGUGCCAGGAGAUUUCGAUCUGGGACAACCACCUGUGAAGACUUUAGAACUAUUCAAGGAUUUGGUUCGAAAGGCGUUGGUUUUUCAGAACAGUUUGACCGAAGUGGAUGCUGGAUUGACAUGUUUCCGCAAGCUGAUAGAAAGGAUGAAUAACAAAGCUUUGUUUGCAGUAAUAAUGCCGAUUCGGAACGUGGUAAAUGAGUUGAUGGAUGGAGAUAAUGAAACGCUGAAGGAAGAAGUAACACGAAUUAUGAAGACACUGAUAGAUCGUUUUGUGAUGGGCCGAUUCAUCGUGGAACUAAAGUCACAACCAAAAGAGAUCAAGUGGAACUGCAAGAUGUUAAUCGAUCAGUUAAUGAAGCAGCAGUGGAAAAUAGGAGAGCUGAAGAAAUUAGUUGAUAUUUGUGAAGGCAAAGAUCCUAAUAAGUCGCCAAAAUCGCUCAAGAAGGAAGGAGAAUUUGUAGUUAUCGAAAAAGUGUGGAAAUUUACCCCAGAUAAACUGACCGAGCAUCAACGAGAACGACUGAGCAAGAAGCGAGACGAUAUUCCAGCACUCUAUAAUGAUUUGAGCCAGUCACAAGAUAACUAUGUGAUAAAACCGUGGACGCCGAAUAAAGUUGUGAUACCCUCGGACCAAAACCAAGAUCAUGACACGAUUGUCAUGUGCGCUAGUACAGAUUCUGGUGCGAUCCCGAAUGGAGAAGUGCCAGAAGCAUCGGUUCCAAAAGAACAAGGAGCCGGAGUUGUCACGGAAAACAAAUUGGACAAGGAGAACAAUAACGGCAAUAUUCAAAACGCCGACGCAAAAGAGGAGUCUGGCGGAUCAUCAUCAGUUGUAGCUAAGAAGCCUGGUGAGAAAAAAAAUCGGAUUGCAAGAGAGUUGGACCAUUUGAAGAUCGAUACGGUCGAAGGGAAGAAUCUUCAAGUGGGAAGACUUCCCCGCACCAGACGAGCCGGAAGCCUCGAACCUGCCGCUGUCCCUAACAAACGAAAAAGCCUGGAGCCGAAAAAGUUGUUGGAAAAGAGCAAGAGAACUGACUCUGAAAACAGACGAACUCGAAGGACUGCAACCAAAACAACAGAAAAAGCUAAGGAUGAACCUCUCCUCUCUCCUGCUAAAAAGAAAGCCGAAGAGAAAGCCAAAAGUCCCGGCGAUCGUACGUCUCCCAGGAAAGCAUUAAACUUUGAUAACGUAAUCGAUAAGCAACCUGCAACAGCGUUAGAAGCACCUUCUUCUCCCGUUAAGCCGAAAACCGUCAAUGAUUCUAUCGAUGAAAUCGUGGAAUCUUCUCAAGCGGGCUCUCAGUCUUUGCUCUCCCGAAAGUUCACACCCCGGAAACCAAAAGAGGAGGAAAAGGUAGAAUCUCCUAAAAGCGGCACCGAGACACUUCCGUUCGAUACUGAAGCUGAAAAAGAACUGGCCAAGCUUUCCGAUCGUAAAUCACCAAUGAAGGCGAAACCCGAAAGUCCCUUGAAGUCACCCGGUAAGAAUACGAGAGCUGCUGUAGCAAAUGUGCAGCAGCAACCGAUCUGCUCCGAUAUAGCAACAGAACCCAACACCGAGCCAGUGCUCACUGCUGUGGACACGGAAACACUUGCGCCGGCUGAAUCAGAAACAAUGUCUCAAAUUGAAUUGAGACCCAGGGUCGCUUCUCCUGCAAAACCUGCUGCAUCUCCGGUAAAAGCUGUCGCUUCUGCAGCCAAGGGCGUACCAUCUCCUGCGAAAGCAGCGGCAUCUCCAGCAAAAGCAGCGGCAUCUCCAGCGAAAGCAGUUGCAUCCCCAGCUAAGCGCUCUGCAUCCCCUGCAAAGUCUCCGGCGAAAAGCCCUAGGAAGGGGCUACGAUCAACUAGUCCGGUUCCGGAGCCAAUGGAAAUCGACACAAUUCCACAGUCUCCCAAAAAAUCGGAAAAUCCAGAGGAGAUUCAAACAAAAUCUCCAGACCUAUCACCGGUUCGGAAUCUGGAUGAAGACAUGGAACCGCUCACAAGGAGCCUCAAUCGAAGUUUAGUCUCUUCACCGGACGGCGCAGAUCAGGAGGCCCGAGAAGCUGAUUUGCUUAACAGUACUCUCAAUAUCUCUCCUAUAUCCGAGGAGAAAGCGCAUCCUUCCACACCGUCCCUCCCAGUGGCCGCAAAGGUGUCUCCUGCCUCCGGCAGUGGCGAAAAGCGAGCAUCUAGCCGAAUUAUGGAACGCGAAAAGGGUCCUUCAGUAUCGUCGCCCAUCACACGUCGCACUCGCAAUUCACCACCAGUCCUGCCGGCAGCUGUUGCAAAUCUACGAAAUCGUACACCCCAAACGACCCCCAGAAGUCCUAAAACUUCCGGGAUUAUAGAGCUCCGUGGGCGUGGUGCACAGCUCAUCAACCUGAUCCGCAGUCAACAGAACGAGAUGUCCCCCAAACCGUCAGUUCUUCCAUCCCCACAGCACUCAUCCACCCCUAAAUUAGCCAUGUCAAAUGAUCGCAGCCUAAUGCUCAGAAAACUGGCCACUGUAACCGCAGCACCGCCAAGUCAAACUCCUGAACAACCUAAAGCUCAACCGCCACCAGUUCAAGAAAAAGAAACGGAAAAGGAAAAGGGCAAUGAAUACUUGGUCUUCUCGAAGGUCCUCCCAUCUCCGAAAGCUUCACCGGCGGCAAGCAUCCUCAAACGGAAACACAACCAGGAUGACAGCGGAGACGACCUCGAGUCCCCUGCCAAUAAACGAAAACGGGUUAGUUUCCACGAUCCGCCGGUUUCACUCACAAAGGAGUACAUCCGCCAGGAGGAAGAAUGUCGUUCACCCUCCAUCAGUCGAUGUAUCCUAAUGACUGGAAUGUCUCCAACCGACAAAGCCAAGUUCCUACUCCGCAGGAAGAGCAAGGCGGACAGCAUGUCCGAACUAGCCAAGUUCACCCGAGGCUCCUCCACAAAUCCCGCUGAACCGGGCAAAGAAGAAGACGAUGAAAUUUCCUCCUCUCCUGAAUCGCUGGAUGGUGAAUUUAUGUUAAAUACAACCGACAACAUGAGCUCUUUGCAAGUAACGACCUGUGACGAGGAAGUCAGUACUAAGGAAGUACCCAAACCUGAAGCUUCGGUAGAAGCAGUAACAGAACCUCCUCCUGUUGUGUCGACAUCCGACGAUCCCGUUGAACUUCCCAAACGAACAUCUCCACGGAAGAUCUCUCCCAAACCUGCUUCUGAAGAGCCAGCUCCGACGAAACACUCACCUCACAUAGCUGCUGUACCGAAUAUUCCUGCUGUACCCAUCCCGGAAAAAACGGACACCAGCAUUCGCUUCCAAACGGAGGAAGAAAUCCUCGCACAUGUGAUCUCAAAGUACUCACUGGACACGAUCGUGGAGAAAUGUUUAGCCUCCGGCAAAACCCUCGAACAGCAAAAAUCCGCUCGACUCCUCACCAAGGAACUGUCCACUCUGAUGUCGAAGAACAGCAAAAUGCGCCACACCGUACUGGACGAACUGUCCGAACGCCAUUCCGCUGAAUUCCUCGAGCAUGCCGUGCAGGAGAAUUCCUCCGCCAUGGUUUGCCAGCGGUUAUCGAUGACGGCGAUGACGGAGUUCAUCUUCGACAAGCUGCGGAAAAUGCCCCCGGAAGGUGGCACUCGAGAGGAACAAGACGAGCGCAUCAGAAUCCUGCAGACCAUGUUCGACAACCUGGCCCGGAUGCACACGAGCGUCGGCGGGGACGAGUUCGCACGGAUGAAGGAUCGAUUCGUGAAAGCGUCGGUGUUCGCCAAAAACCGGGACGAAGUGAUGGCCCUGCUGGAGGAGUACUUCCGACAGAGCAGUGCGGUGGAACCAGGACGGACCGGGACUGCGACGUCGUGAUGAGCUAUAGUUAGGACUUUUUAUACACGGUAAGAGAUUUUAGCGAGUAGUGAAGUUAUAUUUUAAGGUGUAUUUCUACAAUGAAGAGAAAGAUUGAUCCAUUUGUUCAAGAGUGUAACAUUCUUAACGUCUUAGAAAUGUACUAUUUCCAUCACUUUUUUAAUAACGAGAUAUAUAUUUAGAUGAAAUAUAGCCGUGUAGUUGUGGGCACGUAGUUUAAACCGAUUCAAGUAGCCGAAUGUUUUUAUCUAACAAAAGAAAAUCUUAUCAAAGACGCAACGUGACUUGCCUUUUGGAAACAAAUCUAAUAUUUAGGAUAUUUUCAAUAAUCGGAACACGAGGUACAAAACAGUAAAUGAAGUAAUAUAAAAAAUUGCUUGUCCACGAUUGGUAUAAGUUCUAGAUAGUAAGUGAUGAGAAUUAAUAAUAAGUUUUCUUUUUACAAGCAGAUAA